CCCACCUUGAGCCAGCUCUCCUCCCUACCAACUCUUACCCUCUCUCUCUCUCUCUAUUCUCUCAUGGAGGCAAGUGACACAACCACUACCACCACCUUCCAUUAUCCAUCCUCUUCCUCUCCUUCCUCCUCUCCUACCUCUUCUCCUCCUUCCCGUCCAACACCUCCCCCUGUUGUUCUCAGCCCUUGCGCUGCCUGCAAGGUCCUCCGCAGGAGAUGCGUCGACAAGUGCGUGCUUGCGCCUUAUUUCCCUCCCAACGAACCCCUCAAAUUCACCACCGCUCAUCGAGUCUUCGGUGCCAGCAACAUCAUCAAAUUAUUGCAGGAACUCCCGGAGAGCCAGAGGGCCGAUGCAGUGAGCAGCAUGGUGUACGAGGCGAAUGCUCGAAUGAGGGACCCGGUGUACGGGUGCGCCGGGGCCAUUUGCCAGCUCCAGAAGCAAGUGAGCGAGCUGCAGGCCCAGUUGGCCAGGGCACAGGCUGAGCUCGUCACCAUGCAGUCCCAGUACGCAAGCCUGGUCGCCAACAUCUGCAUGGAGGUGGCUCAGUCUCAGCAGUUCAUGCUGCAAUCUCUCGACAGCACCGGCACAAAUAAUCCUGACUUGUUACAGAGCGAUGCUUCCAUGCUGGAUGAUUACUGCCAAGGUUCAGUUUGGGAGGGGCUUCUAUGGACAUGAGUAAACUACUCUUGUUAGGCCACCGCAAGGAUGAAUGGUCGACCUACGUUUUAAAAAAGUGAAACAAAAAGAAAAAAAUGACAUCUUGGAUUUGAAUUUGUAAUCUAGAUGGAUAGGUAGGAGAAGUGAUGCGAGAGGAAUGUUCUGUACCAAUAACAGUAUUUUAUCCUUGAUUGACUAUAAGAAAUUAAUGUUGAUGAACUCUUUAAA